GCGCUCUAUCGAAAACACGUCUGUACGGCUCCUAAACGCCGCAACACGCGACGCGCGCGUUUCGAACGUAGUGCACUAUCGCGACCGGUUCACCGCCGCCGAUGAGCAAACAGUGACAUCUCGAUUGUUGUGCUGUGUGACUUGCAGUGAAACUCAGUGUGUACUUGUGCAAGUGAUGGAUUACUGCGGAUCCACUGUCGAGUGCUGACCACGCCGGGACUCGGGUCGUAUGCCCCGGCGCCGCUAGUACGGACGCGCCAGCAUGCGCGCCCCCGCGGUGCUCAUCGCCCUGAUAGGGUUUCUACCCCAGGUGCUGACAUCUGGUUCCUUCGAACUUAGGAUAAAAAGUUUUACGAACUCAUUGGGUAGGUUAAGUAGUGGCCAGUGCUGUGAUGGUUCCUCAAGUAGUAGUGAUGCGCCGUGUUUGGCGCCGUGCAGGACUAAAUUCCGAGUGUGCCUCAAGAUUUAUCAAGCAAACAUCGAUACAACAUCACCAUGUACGUUUGGUGAUAUCACAACACCAGUGUUGGGUGGAAACUCAUUGGAUGUGCCUAAUCUCAACGUGAAGGGGUUUAGCAAUCCCAUUGUCUUCCCCUUCGAUUUCACAUGGCCGGGCACAUUCUCGCUCAUAGUCGAAGCGCGGCACGACACCAAUGAAACGUCAAGAUCUGAUGAUAAUCUAAUUGCGCGGAUGACAAAGCAGAGCAUAGCUGACGUCGAGGGUCCUUGGGUUGACGAAGAACAGCGAUGGGGUGGAUCCGGGGAAGCUCACUUGAGGCUAUCGUACCGAGUAACCUGCGCGGCACACUACUACGGCGCCGGCUGCGAAGUCUUCUGCAGGCCAAGGGAUGACGCCUUCGGUCAUUACACCUGCUCCCCUGCUGGCGAGAUCGUAUGCAAACCCGGUUGGACGGGAGAUUACUGCUCAAAACAUGCAUUGUGGCUGGGCGGAUGUCGCCUCGCAAUCUCAGCAGCCCCACCUGCCGCCGCGUUCCCACACUCCGGCGCCGCAAAAAACAAGCGUCAGACAGAGAGCGGAGAGCCGCACCGCAUAGCGCGCCGUCCCACUCCCGCGCCAGGGCUGCGGCCUCCUUGCCUACUGCCUCCGCCGCGAGCGCAGGAUCACCGCGAAACCAUUUUUCUCUGGAAAAAUUGUCAUUCGGGCUGGGUGGGCGAGCUCUGCGACCAAUGUCAACGACAUCCGGGAUGCUUCCAUGGCACCUGUUCGAAACCUUGGGACUGUAACUGUGAAGAAGGCUGGGGCGGGCUCUUUUGUAAUCAAGAUCUGAAUUACUGCACCAACCACCGGCCCUGUAAUAAUGGCGGAACAUGCCAUAACACCGGGCAAGGUAGCUACACCUGUGUCUGCCCGCCAGAAUACACCGGUCUCAACUGCGAAAAGUCUCUACAUUCUUGCGCCGUGCGACCGUGUCUUAACGGAGGUGCUUGCGUGCAAGAAGGUAAAGAGCUCGUCUGCGCUUGCCCUUCUGGAUACGAAGGAGCUCAAUGCGAAACAAGGAUACUCACUUGCGCCGAUCAACCUUGCCGCAACGGAGGCACUUGCGAAACUCGAUCAUCAGGAUACGUUUGCUCUUGUCCGGCUGGUUUCGCCGGACCCGAUUGCGCUUUAGAAGCCGACCCAUGCGCUGGCAAUCCUUGUAGAAAUGGAGCGACGUGUUCCCGGGCCGGCGACAGCUACAGAUGCUCCUGCAAACCUGGAUUUAAAGGCAACCGAUGCGAAGUUGAUAUAGAUGAUUGUGCCGGGAUCGUAUGCGAACAUGGAGGAACUUGCGUGGACCUAGUGAACGACAGACGAUGCCAAUGCGCACCCGGCUUCGUGGGAGCUCGCUGCGAGACUCGCGUAGACCUAUGUUUGGCGAAGCCGUGCGCAAACGGCGGUAAAUGUUUAGUCCUCGACAACGACUACGAAUGUAGAUGCCUGCCCGGUUUUGCCGGGAAGGACUGCAGUAUCGAUAUAGACGAAUGCGCGUCAUCUCCGUGUCAAAACGGGGGGACGUGUCGCGACAGAGUCAACGGUUACCACUGCGAUUGCUCAACCGGCUGGGGUGGGAAAGCGUGCACCGUGUUGCUAGCGGACUUCGUGUCAAAGUUGGCGGGUGAUCAUUUGCGGAGAGUGGGGGACGAUAUGGAGGAGGAGAGUUUGUCGGGACGGCACGUGGCGUUGAUCGCGGCGCUGUCGGCGGCAGUGCCGGCUGUAGCGCUGGCGGCGGCCGUGGGGGUGGCUUGUGUGAGGAGACGGCGGAAACGUGCUCAGAGUGCCGCGGAUGCUGAAGCGCGCGCUCAGAAUGCCGCCAACGCGGGCGGCGGCGGGCGCGUCAUCCGCAACACGUGGGGCAAGUGCGAGGGACCAGUGCCCGAGUGUCAGAACGCGCACAAUGCCGCCGCUGAGGAGUGCAAGCGGAAGACGCUCAACACAGAGAGCGCGGCGAGGCUAUUAGCCGCGCUAGAUCCUAGACUAUCGAGGCUCUCAGCAGACUCGGCGUACUGCGCUAAUAGCGAUACGUCGUUAGUGAAACGAGCGCUCGAAGGCGGAGGGGUGUACGUAUUAGACGACCAUUGCUUGCCGCCGACAUUCGCCACGCAAGUGUAGUGGUGUACGUAUACGUGAUGGACAAUAAAUAACUUAUUUAUUCACAACGGACGCUCGUGCGAACCAGGCUGUGCGCCGCGUGUAAAUAUAGAGAUUAAUAAAAGUGUAAAAUGACACCCUGUAUAAACGGCUAGAAUUAAGCAUUCGGUGUAUUUAUUAGCGAUUCGUACGCCCCUGUAAAUAGUAAUGGCGGGACGAAUCGCGUUUUUCCGCCCCUUAUCGGCGAGCGUCACCGUCGACAUGAUAUGUGAUGAAGUUGUGUCUAUAUCUUUUGACACAUCGGCUCUGUAACGAGCGGUGUUAUUUUAAACUGCAAGUGUCUACCGAUGUGUGAAGAUGUACGCGAGUGUCAAUAGUUGAAGGUGAAGACCGCGCGAGCUGUGGGGCCGAGUGGACCAUGUCCACUGUCUGCGAUCUCUGUAGGUAACGGUGCGGAGCGCGCGCCCGCCCAAUGUCGGUCCAUUGUGCGCGGCGUCCGCCAUUCCCAGGGACAAUAUCGCCCGCGAUCACACUGCCAUUUUAAAUCUCAAUCUAUCUCUCCCAUCCUUACUCUUAUUUACAAUCUUUUAAAACAAAUCACCUAUACAACAGCUAAACAACCAAGUUUAGCUAAUAUUUAUUUUCCAUUAUAUCAUUUAUUUCCAAUAUUGUCCCUGGGAAUCUGUCACACCACUAACACUAUCUUUCUCGACUCGCACCAGUACAGAAGCCAAACCGUGCGUAAAAUAAGAUUCUAGACUAAUUUAUAAAAGAAAAACGCGAAUGAUGCGUUCAUCAGUUUUUACAUUGAUUAUUUUUUUUUGUGAUUGACUAAUUAUUGUCGUUUGUUCCUAUGAUUUAUUAUAGUGAAAGAUUGAUUAUAUUUCCGUUAAAAAUCUUGUUCAGGUUUUCUUGAAAAUCAACACAGAUUUUUUUCAAACUUUUAGCUUCCGUUUUUGGGAUGUUCAUCGUUAGCACAAUAACUUAACGUUCCUCGCUCGAACGCCAUUUUUGUCUCUUCUAUUCCGUUGUCGCUAAUAGAAGAGGCACAAAUCGCUUUCGAAUUAUUCAAAUGUGAAGAUCACGCGCGUUGUUAGUCCAUAGGUUAAUAUAACAGGUGUACUUAUAACUAAGAAACAAAUGUCGAAACCUAAGUCAUUGUGUAUAGAAAAAACUAUUAAGUAAUAGAAUUUUAAGUAUAUUCUCCAUUAUUUUCGUAAGAGUACUGUGACAAUAUAGAGUCAUUAGGCAACAUAGGACACGAUAAUUUCAGGUUGUUUUUAACUUAUUUAUUUUAAUAGGUACAGUUCUUGAAGUUGUGUUAAUGAAGAUUCUACCUUCGAUAAAUCGCAAAUUCCAUUACGAAUUUGCAUUUAUUCGGACACGGAAUCGUCUAUGAAAUAAUUUAUGUUAAAUUACAGUUUUAUUAAAACUACUGUAGAUAUAAUUUGGUAAGUGAUAUACGUUAUCUUAUGUUGCCUUUUGGACCAGAACGUAGUUUAAAAACGGUAAAGGACAAUUGUAAAAUUUAUAUCGAGAUAUGAAUAGACUGAUGAUCAAUAAUAAUGUUCUUGUAUUUAAUUUUGUAAGAUGACAAAUUGUAAGUUUUAAAUUAUGCGGAAAUUAUCACAAAACCAUUUGUAAUUUAUAACAAUAGAAUACUUUGUACUUAAAUUUAUUACAAUGUACGUCUUUCAUUUUUCUUUUUGAGAAUUUUAAUAGCACCAAUGAUUUAAUAUCUCAAUGUACCAAUAAAAUGACAGUAUUUUAAUUAAUUUAUUGCCACAUUAUAAUUGCAUAUUUUGGACUCCAAUGUUUUUUAUUAGAUAAAUCAUUGAUUUAAUUAUUUUUUGAACAAUGUUUACAAUUGACUGAAGAUUGACUUCUGGAUUUCUUGAUUAUUUUCGACGCAAUUUUACUGGAAAUCAUGAAUGUAUUUGUAUUUGAAUCUGUGAGUAUACUGAAAGUAAUAAAUUCAAAUCAUUCCACUAGCUUAAUCUUUUUAAAAUCUUAUUUAAUCUUGCUAUUUUCUUAAAAUUGUUUAUUUUGCAUGAGACCAGUGAUUUAAUAUAUAAGUAAUUGUAUUCAUGUGUAUAAGUACAAUUAUUAUUCCUACUUAUGUUGCUUUGGUAUAUUCACAUUUUUAUUUAUUUUUCAAAAGAAAAAUGAAAGUAAUCGCCAAUAGAAAUUAAAUUCCAUAUAUUAUAAUAAUAUUGUGAAAAAGUCAAAUUGUUUCAUCUAGGUAGCUAGCCCAUUUCUGGGUUAUCCUAGCGGUGAUAGGUAUUUGCCAGAAUGCUUGAAAAACGAAUGUGUAUGUGCAGUGAGGCCGCGAAAAAUAAAAUGUUAAUAAACAAUUGUUUACAAAAGAUU